UGCUGGGCCCACAGUGUGACCUGGGUCCCUGUACGGCCUCCCAUUGCUUCCACUUUGCCAUGUGCCACUUUGAAAUCUCCUCACACUCCUGCGGUUGUCCAUUUUGUCAUAGGUUGCUGGCAGAUUACAGGCCUUCCAUAGGUGCCACCAAGCCCCAUAUCGCCAUGGGCCCCCGUACCUCCUGGUCACGCUGCUGCUGGGCCCACAGUGUGACCUGGGUCCCUGUACGGCCUCCCAUUGCUUCCACUUUGCCAUGUGCCACUUUGAAAUCUCCUCACACUCCUGCGGUUGUCCAUUUUGUCAUAGGUUGCUGGCAGAUUAGCGGCCUCCCAUAGGUGCCGCC